AUGUCCGAGUUUCGCUAUCGCCCAGAAAUCCUCCAGGGAAUACCAGAUCACGAGACGGCUUAUCUCAAGCAGUACGAACACUGGUUUAUCCUCGAGCCAGAACAGCUGAAGCGCAUCACAGACCAAUUUGUAAGAGAAUUAGAACAGGGACUUUCCAAAGAGGGAGGCAAUAUUCCCAUGAAUCCCACUUGGGUGAUGGGAUUCCCCUCCGGUUAUGAGACAGGCCGUAUUUUGACACUGGAUAUGGGCGGUACAAACCUGCGCGUAUGCAGAGUCUACCUGUCAAGCCGCAAGAGGCAUUUUGAACAGAUCCAACGGAUAUUCAAACUCCCAGAGGAAAUUAAGACCGGGACGGGGGAGCAACUGUGGGAUUUUAUAGCCGAUCGUCUGGAGUUGUUCCUAAGCGAGCACAAUGUCACGAGUGAAAACGAUGGAACCAUGCCUUUGUCAUUUACCUUUUCAUUCCCCGUCAAGCAGAAGUCCAUACGAAGCGGGAUUCUACAACGCUGGACGAAGAACUUCAAUGUAUCUGGAGUGGAAGGACAUGAUGUGGUUCCGCAGCUUGAAGCCGCCUUUCUGAGACAAGUGAGUCUGACCAGAAGAUGGGAGUGGAGCUGUGUUGCUGAAGCCACCCAGAAACUGCCGGUGAGAAUAGUCGCGCUCCUCAACGACACCACGGGUACCUUGAUUGCAUCACACUAUAUAGACCCGAAGGUCAAGGUGGGCAGUAUCUUCAGUACAGGCUGUAAUGCGGCUUAUAUGGAGGAGUGUAGGUUGAUCCCGAAACUUGAAGACGCCGCGCUACCAGACAAGGCCAGUGUUAUCAUCAACACCGAAUAUGGUGCAUUUGAUAACGACAGGAAAGUCUUGCCAUUGAACCCGUUUGACUGGCAAAUUGACGAAGAAUCAGCGCGACCAGGCACCCAGAUCUAUGAGAAGAUGGUCUCGGGCCUGUAUAUCGGUGAGAUGCUACGUCUGAUCCUCGUCACACUACACGAGCAAGGCAAACUCUUCAAGGGCCAGGAUAUCACGCGUCUUCGACAUGAAAACUCCUUGGAAGCAUCAUUUCUGUCCGUUGCAGAGCUGGACGUUUCAGAGGAUCUUGGUGACAUGCGAAAAGAAUUCACAGAAAGUCUGAGCCUUUCGCCCGAUCUCAAUGAUUUGAAGGUGUGUCGGUAUCUGAUCGGCCUUGUGGCUACACGGGCAGCGCGUCUCUAUGCUUGCGGAAUAGCUGCUAUUUGCAAGAAGAAAAACAUCAAAAGGUGUCAUGUUGGAGUGGAUGGCUCCGUGUUCAACAAAUAUAGUGCGUUCAAGGGCCGUGCUGCACAAGGACUGCGCGAUAUCUUUGACUGGCCGCCCGACGAGCUGGAAUUGAUCGCGCUCAACCCGUCCGAGGAUGGCUCAGGUGUAGGGGCAGCUUUAGCAGCGGCAUUGGUUAUUGAAGGCGAGCAUAAAGCAAGACCAUUGUGA